GCAACUCACACAGAUGCCAUCCUCCCUCGGUCCUCACCGUCCGCUCGACCGUUUACCCCAGACCCCACAGUUGAUAUCAAGGCAGUUAGCCCGCCCCAUCUGCUGCAUGGUUCUGGAGUUUGGAAGCAGAAAAGACCAUUCAGCAUGACCGGCAAGGCCCCACGACGCCCGAAGCGGCUCAUCGCAGCUUGUCAUAGAUGUCAUCGGAAGAAGAUCAAGUGCUCCAAGGGGGUGCCUUGCCAGACCUGUCUGUCCAUAGGCAGGCCGGAGGCAUGCUCAUUUCCAGACAAGGAGCGUCUAGUCCAAGUUCCCGAAAACUACGUCGAUGAUCUCGAAGCAGAAAACAAGCAACUGCGAGCCCUCGCCCUCCGACAUCAACGUCGAAGCCAGGAGCACGGUAUCAACCCAAAUCACACCGAAAACGACGACGAUGACGACCCACCUCCCCUAUCCAAGGAAGAAACGAACCUCUUCAACCCGCUCUUUGACAGACAACCAGAGAACUGGGGUCGCGAGCGGUCGGCGGAGCCCGGCUUCAUCGGCGAAGCAUCGUGCGCGGCCUUUAGCAACCGGCUGCUCUCGUGCCUCGACGAUAACUAUACCCCUUCGACGGCCGGGUUGUCGAAUUACCUCCGGCUGAAUACACACAGUCGUCUGGCGAUACCCCAGGGAUGGGAGUUUCCUGAGCGCAUGCAUGUCAAGCUCCUUUUGAACGUGGCACAGAGGUUCAUUGGGAAUUACCAUCCCUUGUUCCUGCAGGUCACCUUCAUGAGGGAGAUUGAUGCCGUGUACCGUAAGGAAGUGGUCCCUUCAAUGCUGUGGCUGUGCAAGUUCUACUCGCUCAUGGCUUUGGGAGAAAUAUACACGAACCGCCGCGGGGUGGGAGACAACAACAGGGUGCCGGGGACGAACAACUACAUCAGGGCGGUUAAUCUGUUCCAGGACAAUCUUGACGCUUAUGAGGAGCCGUCUCUGAUGCAGGUGGAGGUUCUGACCCUUCUGGCAUGGGCCUCGAACAUUUUCGGCCGCAUCAGAACCGCAUAUACAUACAGCGGUAUCGCUACAAGGCUUGCGUUGAGCCUGGGUAUGCACCGGUCUGCCCCGAAAACUACCACACUGACCCCGGUCGAAUGCGAAAGCCGGCGGCGGACGUGGUGGGUGCUCUACUUCUUCGAUCGGUUCUCGGCGUCAAAGCUCGGCCAGCCGCUCACCGUUCGCGAUGAAGACAUUGAUGUAGAGAUGCCCAGUAUGGAUGGCCUGUCAAAGGAAGAGGCAGCGGAGUUUCAGGACCCGUCGAGUCUCAUCAUCAACAUCAAGCUUGGUCGCAUCGUGGGAAAUAUCUUGACGCAAAUCUACGGAAUCCCCAAAGCCACAAAAGGGCGCUACAUCCACCAAGUGCACAGCAUCCUAAAACAGCUCCGAACCUGGCACGACGCACUUCCCUCUGAGAUGCGCGUCAAAGACCGAGGCACGCCGCGUCCCGUUGCAAGCCUCCACCUCGCCUACAACCAGUGCAUCAUACAAGCAACGCGCCCAGUGCUCCUCCACCUCUUCAAGUCGCAACUGGACCCGAAAGUCCGGGAGGAGGGAUCCGCUCGACCGAAUAUCUCCUCCAUCACAAUGGCCCUAGCUGAGAGCUGCGUGCAUGCGGCGCAGGCGUCCAGUCGGAUGGUCGAGUGUUUGUUCUUGGAUGGAUCAAUCGCUACAUUUGGGUAUUGGGAUGCUCAUCAUAUCUUCUCGGCGGCGAUGAUUCUCAUCAUGUCUGCCAUGAUGAGGGCGACGUCUGUGAACUCGGAGUACCUGGAGACAUUGCUGAGUGUGCUCCGCGCGUUGAAGAAUGACGGGAAUAUUCCCGCCGUGGACUUUUGCGAGAGGCUCUCGCACAUUCAGGCGCGUGUCACGGCCCUGCUGGCCACAGGCCACUUCGGAGGCGACGGACUACACGCCCAGAGACACCUGGUCCCCAGGGCAAUGGACGGCCCACUGCCCGCGGAGACCCUGCAGCAGAUCAUCCAAACACCAACAAGCAUGCAUGACGAGGCCAGGGAAGCCCCCAUGGAGUUUCCUGGCGUAGAUAUCCUUGGAAACCCUCUUAUCGGCGACUUUCUGGAUGGAAAUCAAGUGCAGUGGGUGGACACUUUGUUCACAGAGGACGGCACGCUGAGAGAGUUUCCGGCGGAGGUUGAUGAGCAGUUUAAUUUUGUUAAUCACUAGGUUAUGCCUCUCUAACGCUUUGAUGAUGAGCCUUAUGAUGUUACGAGAUGAUGGGAAGAUUGUAUCUAGCUGGAUUCUUAGCAAUUCCAUUAAGUGAUGACAGCAAAAAAGCCCAGAAGACUACACUUUUUCUAAAAUAGGCCGCAGCUUCAAG